AGAAGCAAAUAUAUUCCUAUAUAUAUCUUUGAGAAAGUUACAAGAUUAUAAGAUACACAAAAUGCUUUGGAAGUUAUUUAUUGAAAUUGUUAUCUUUUGUAUAAUUAUUAUAGAUUUUUCUUAUGCUUUUAACGAUUCCAAGCAUAAUGACACUUAUGAAUGUAAACUAGGAUCAAAAACUCCUUACAGAUGUGUAGCUAAUUAUGAUGAUUCAUCAUUGAAAUAUGCAGAUUGUAUAGAAAAAAAGAUUUGGUUAAUUCUGCGUCAUGGAACUCGUUAUCCAGGCAAGAAGUAUAUACCUCGUAUGAUAAAUGAAUUGCCACAGUUGCAACAUAUAAUAUUAAAAAAUUAUGAAAAUAAUACAACAAAUCUGUCAGCUGGUGAUGCAGCUUUAUUUAAGAAAUGGAAACUGUCACUUACUCAAAGAGAUAUGAUGAAAUUGGCAACAGAAGGGGAGGAUGAAAUGAUUGAUCUUGGAGAAAGAUAUCAAGCAAGAUUUCCAUCUCUGAUGCCAGAAACUUUCAACAAUCAGACUUAUAAAUUCAGAUAUACAUCCACUCAACGUACAGAGGAGAGUGCAAAACACUUUGCUGUUGGUUUAUUUGGCUGGCAUAAUAGUAAAAAUAUUUGGUUUCCAGCACCGAUAUAUCGAGAUCCAGUCUUAAGAUUUUAUAAGGCUUGUCCUCGCUGGCGCCAAGAAGUUGAUAAGAAUUCAAAUGCAAGAUCAGAAAAAACGAAAUUUUUGAAUAGCAAAAUUGUUAAAAAUAUGUUAAAUAAUAUUAAAAAACGUAUUGGCUACAAUAUUGAUUAUGAAACUGCACAUUUAAUGCAUACUAUGUGUGCUUUUGAAACUGCUUGGAAUCAGAGUACGGUAUCUCCUUGGUGUAAAAUAUUUUCAUUAAAUGAUUUCAGGAUCUUUGAAUAUGCAGAAGAUUUAGAAUUGUAUUGGAUUGAUGGAUAUGGUUAUCCAUUGACUUAUAAACAAGCAUGCUCUGCCUUAAAAGAUAUGUUUAGUUUUUUUGGAUCUAAAGAAGAAGCAACAACAACAGCUUAUUUUACACAUUCUGGAACAAUUUUGAAAUUAUUAGCAUUACUUGGAGUAGCCAAAGAUACACAUCCUUUGAUGCAUGAUUCUUUCAGACUGCACCAAGCAGAAAAAAGACUUUGGAGAAGCAGUAUUAUUGAUACAUUUGCAUCUAACAUAGCAUUUAUUUUAUAUGAUUGCGCAUCUCAAGGUCCUAGUAUCCUGUUUAUGCUUCAGGAACGACCAGUAUAUUUGUUAGGUUGUCCAAAUGAUAUGCCAUGUCCGAUAUCUAUUAUGAAAGCGGCAUAUCCAGAUCGCGAUGAAGAAUGUCAAUUUGACGUUAUGUGUCAUAUAACAACAUAAAAUAAUUGAUAAAAUGCAGUAUUUUUAUAGUAAAUAUUAUAUAAGCAUUCUUAUUUAUUUUGAAGAGUAAAUAUUUAUUUUUUAUACUUCAAUGUACACUCUUAUAUUAAUUUGUCCCUGAUUUUUACAUGUUUUGUCAAUACAAUUGCUCGAAAACGACAAAUAUAUAUAUAUGUGUGUGAAUGAAUAACAAGUUUUAAUUGAAACUUUUAUAUGCCUUCUUGAUAAAUCAUGUGUAUGAUACAAGUUUUGAAAAAUAUUUUUUAAUAUAAUGCAAUAUAAUGAUUUUUAUAAUGUAAUGCAAUAUAUACAUGCUAGAUGAUACUGAUUUCAUUAGCAAUAAAGUCAUAAGAUAAGAA